AUGCUCCUUGCAAAGAAUCUUCCCUUCAGAUACAUUUAUUCCACUAUCAUAAGCAAGCUAAGAAUGUCAACCCAGGUUAACAAAGCUUAUCUCGCCGAUCAUGAAGCCCCAUUGAUCAUGUUGAGCGCCAAAGGGUUUUUUGAGCAAUUGACGAAUAAAGAGAAAUUGUACGCGCAUUUUAUGUCGAAGGCUUCUCAUGCCGGUUCCAGAGUAGUACUCAGACAAGUUUCACAUGAAAGUGAAGCAAUCUUUGACUUGAUCAUGGCCAUCAACACAGGCAUUGGAGGCCAAUAUCCAGAAGGCAAGGACAGUGAGCUCUACCUCGAGUACGUUUCCCAGUUUCUUUCAAACUUAGGCAAUUAUAAGUCCUUUGGUGAUCUCAAAUUCGUGCCACGAUGCUCUCAAUCCUACAUACUGAAACUUUUAGAACUUGCUCAGAUCGAUAAAGAGACCAAGCCUUCAACAAAGUCAUGUCUUUAUGAAACAUGGGCUGAUUUGAUCGCAAAGGGUAUCUACUACGCCGACGAAAAGUGUGCUCUGUUAGGCUUUCCCUCACAAGGACACCGUUCUUCGUACUAUUUCGGGGAUGUAGCACCUGAAGAUAUGGCGUUGCUGAAGAAAGAAGUUUUUAGUGCAUACAGCAUUUUACCUGAAAAUACAAGAAUCAAGAAGUUACAUGACAAAAAAUUUGAGAUAUUAGUGGCAUCUGCUGUGAAGCAGAACCAAUUAGUUGAGUAUCCUAAAGAACCUUUCCAACUAUCUAAUGGAUACCAGGUAUCUUUUGUGUUUGGUGAUCAUUCUCGUGAGAUGGCGCUUGUUGCUCAUUACCUGAGUGAAGCCAAGAAAUAUGCCGCCAAUGAUAUACAAAAGGAUAUGUUAGCUGAAUAUAUCAAAUCUUUCACUACGGGAUCUUCACAUGCACACAAAGAGUCUCAAAAGCUUUGGGUCAAGGACUUGUCCCCUGUCAUAGAAACAAAUGUAGGCUUCAUUGAGACAUAUAGAGAACCAUCGGGAAUCAUUGGUGAAUUUGAGUCUUUGGUUGCCAUUCAAAACAAAAAACGAACGGAAAAGUUUGCCACUAUGGUAAAAAGUGCUGAGAAAUUCAUCGCCCUUCUGCCUUGGGAUCGCGCAUUCGAGAAACCAAAAUUCCAACCACCGGACUUUACAUCUAUUGAAGUUCUAACUUUUGCUGGAAGUGGUAUCCCCGCUGGAAUCAACAUCCCAAAUUACGACGAUGUCAGGUUAAAUAUUGGUUUCAAAAAUGUCUCGUUGGGUAAUAUAUUGAGCGCUAAUCCAGGCUCGAAGAAACGACCUACGACAUUCAUUGGUGAUGAAGACCGUGAACUAUAUGACGAAUAUCAUUCCGAAUCGUUUGAAGUUCAGGUAGGAAUUCAUGAGUUGUUGGGGCAUGGGUCAGGAAAACUCCUUAGCGAGUUAGAAGACGGUCAGUUCAACUUUGAUAAGAAAAAUCCACCUUUAGGCCUUGAUGGGAAACCUGUCUCCACAUACUACAAGAAAGGAGAAACUUGGGGCUCUAAGUUUGGCCAAUUGGCCGGGGCUUUCGAGGAAUGCCGUGCAGAGGUGAUAGCUCUAUACUUGAUUACUAACAGAGAUUUGUUGGAAAUAUUUGGAUACAAAACAAAGGACGAACAAGAUAGCAUUAUUUAUGCUGGAUACUUGCAGAUGGCACGUGCCGGAUUGUUAGCAUUAGAGUUUUGGGAUCCUAAUACAGCCAAAUGGGGUCAGCCGCAUAUGCAAGCUCGUUUCUCCAUCAUGAAAACAUUUUUGAAACACUGUUCAGACAAAAAAUUCUUACAGCUCGCAUACAGCAAGGACGAUUACUCGGAUCUGUGUGUCGUACUUGAUCCCAAUUUAAUUGAAACGGCAGGUCAUGAUGCGGUGAAAGAUUACUUGAUGCACCUUCACAUCUACAAAUCCUCGGGUGAUGUAACAAACGGUAGCGCUUACUUCAUUGAGAGAAGCACUGUAGACGCUGAUUUAGCCAAGUUCCGCAACAUUGUACUAGAUAAGAAAUUACCGCGUAGACAAAUAAUUCAGGCCAACACUACUCUAAAAGGCGAUGAAGUGAAACUAAAGGAGUAUGGAGAAAGCCCACUUGGUAUGCUCAUGUCGUUUGUAGAAAGGGAGGUUUAA